CAAGCUUCAAUCUAGUGGCCGAAAGCCGUCCAAUCUGAUACACCAAAGUCUCGCCCAUCCACGUACGUUCAACAGAUCUGAGCCAGACUACAACUAUGUCGUUCGCCGGAGUCAUUGUUGUUGUGGCCGGAACGGUGGCGCCGGCGGGAAUUAAGAGUGGCAAUGGCACCGACCUAGGGUUUAAAUUUCUUGGAUGGUGGUGAUGAUGUCUCAGACCCGUCACGGAGAAGGGACGCCGGCGAACCGAUCUGUAAAAAUGAAGGGGGGGAAAGAAAAAAAGAAGAAGAAGAAGAACAGAACUCUUGCGGAAGACGGACAAGACAAUGGCUUCAGCAAUUCUGUAUGGGAUUGCUCAGGAAAUCUUGAAGAGCGUGGGUUCCUCUGUAAUUCAAGAAAUCGCUUCGGCUUGGGGCUUCAAAUCCGACCUGGAAAAGCUGGAGCGCAAUGUGAGCACCAUCAAAGACUACCUGGCUGAUGCCGAGGAGCGGCAAGCCGACAACAAAGCUGUCGGGGGCUGGCUUCUAAGCCUCACCGAAGCUGUCUACGCUGCUGAUGAUCUGCUGGAUGAGUUUGGCACAGUCGCAACCCGGAAACAUCUCUCCGGUGGGAACCAAUUCGCCAAGGAGGUGGCCAUGUUUUUCUCGCGUCACAAUCAGAUUGCAUAUGCUUCCAGCAUCUCUCGCAGGAUAAAAGCUAUCAGGGAGGAGCUGGAUGCCAUUGUUAAAGUGGGGAACGGCUUGGACUUGGUGCGCCGGUCUUACGAGCAAGGGAGAGUGGUCAAGAGGAGGGACGAGAGCUAUUCGCUCGUCGAGGCUGACCAAGUUAUCGGUAGGGAUGCCGAUAAGAAUGCCAUUUUGGACUUGUUGCUUGCACCUCCGUCUGCCGAUGAGCACGACGUUAUUUGCAUUGUGGGGAUAGGGGGCAUGGGGAAGACCGCUCUGGCUCAGCUCGUCUACAACGACCCUUUGGUUGAGAAAAAUUUCGGGUUGAGAUUGUGGGUGUGUGUGUCUGAUGUGUUUGAUAUCAAGGAAAUUACUGAGAAGAUUCUCAAAUCUGCAACCAAUUCAGAAACCCCAAAGUUAGAGAUGGACCAGCUACAGAGCAGAUUGAGGGCCGAGAUGGGCGAUAACAAGUACUUGCUGGUUUUGGACGAUGUGUGGAAUGAGAAUCGCGAGAAAUGGGUAAAGAUGAGGGCUCUUUUGAAAAGUGGCAGGAGUGGGAGUAAGAUAUUGAUAACUACUCGGCUGAGUACGACGGCUAGAAUAAUGUGCACGGUUCCUCCUCAUGACUUACGAGGCCUAUCAAAAGAGAAGUCGUGGGAGUUGUUUGAAAAGGUCGCAUUUGUGCCUGGACAGAUGACACACCUUGUUGAUAUCGGAAAGGAAAUUGUUGAGAAGUGCGCCAAUGUUCCAUUGGCCAUAAGAGUUUUGGGAAGCAUUCUUUAUGGUAAAGAUGAAAGCAAGUGGUUGUCAAUUAAAAACAAAAGUCUUGCAAAAAUGUCUGAGAAGGGGGACAUUAUGAGCAUUCUCAAGCUUAGCUACUAUCAUCUCGAAUCUCCUUUGAAAAAUUGUUUUGCUUAUUGCGCUCUGUUCCCCAAAGACUACGUCUUCAACAAGGAUAUGUUAAUGGGUCUUUGGUUGGCCGAGGGAUUCAUUGCUCAACCAGAUGAAAGCCAGAGCCUUGAAGAGCUCGGCGAGGAGUAUUUUCUUACUCUGUUGCAAAGGGGAUUCUUCCAAGAUGUCAAAAUGGAUGAAUGGGGACUCUGCAUCGAGAGUUGCAAAAUGCACGACUUGAUGCAUGAUCUUGCUCAAGAAGUGGCCGGGGCCAAGUGUAAGGUCUUGAAAGCCGAUGAGGGUUGCCACCCGAACAAAAUUUAUCACUUGUCUUUUGCUUACCGGUUGAACUUUCAGAGGAAUAUUCCGGCAGCAGUGCUAAGUUUGGAGCAUCUGAGGACGUUGUUAUUGCCACAACAACUAAGCGACGGGUCGACUUUUAGAAAACCAAUGCUCAAAGAAAUCACAUCAAGCUUAACUAAGUUGAGGGUGUUGGAUUUGCAUGGCCUUGGAUUGAUCAAUCUACCUACUUCAAUAGGCAAAUUGAUCCACUUAAGGUACCUCGAUCUCUCCUUGAAUCCUAUUCGUGUCCUCCCUGAUUCAAUCACAGAACUCCACAACUUGCAAAUGCUAAAUCUAAACCGUUGUAAGAGGCUUACAUCAUUACCUACAAAUAUCAAAAGACUUGUCAAUUUAAGAAGUCUUGAUAUUGGUGAAUGUUAUCCCGAGUUUCGUCACAUGCCUCUAGGAAUAGGCGAAUUGACUUCUCUCCGUAACCUACCACUUUUCAUAGUGACUAAGCAUGUCGGUAGUGCUAGACUAAGUGAUCUAAAGAAGCUCAAUAGCUUGAGAGGAAAGUUGCACAUAGUUUUUCAUGGCGACUUGGAGACUACGAUGCUAGAAGCAAGAGAGGGGGACUUGACCUGCAAACAUGGUGUGAAUGAGUUGGAGAUAACUUUUACCAUUGUUUUCUCUGAUUCUGAUUAUCAUGAUGAGGUGGUUGACUCUGAUUCUAAAGAUCAUGAUGAGGUGGUGCUGGAAGGCCUAAAACCACAUCCCAAUUUAAGGAAGCUAAAGAUAUCACAUUACAAGGGCUGGAAGCUCCCGAAUUGGGCAAUGAAGGAGAGCUUGGUUCUUACUCUUUCAAAACUAGUUGAAAUUGAACUUUACGAAUGGAACCACUGCCAAAUCCCCGCGUUUAGCCAACUGCCUCUUUUGAAGCGCCUUUCACUUACACGAUUGCUGUCUUUGGAAUUCAUGGAGACGAUGAUAGAUGGAGACCAUUCAUCAUCAACAACAUUAUUCUUCCCAUCUCUUGAAACACUUGAGCUGCAUGUGAUGCAUUGUUUGAAAGGAUGGUGGAAGGGAGCUGGUGGUGAACCUUACGGAGCACAACCACCCGGGUUAUCGUUUCCCAAGUUAUCAAAAUUAGAUAUACAUUGGUGUACGAACCUAACAUCGCUGCCAUCCUGUCCUAGUGUGGAGGAAGUGCAUCUGUCACACACACUUAACAAUUUCUCAAUACUGAACAUUGUAACAGCUUCGUCGAGGUUGACGUCACUGACGGUUAAUAUCGCUGAAGAUCUUUUACGCAUCCCGACACAGUGUCUGCUUCAGCUUUCUCGGCUCUGUAUAAAGGAUUCCUCACUAGUUUCCACUGACAAAUUUGGAGACUUGUUUGCAACUUUAUCUUCUUCUCUCCGAUCUUUGUCAUUCCACUCUUGCAAAAACUUGAGAUCCCUCCCUAAAGGCUUGGAACAUCUUACUGCAUUGGAGAGGUUUGCAGUUCUUUCCUGUGACCAGAUUGAUCUAGAAUGUGAAGACAAAGGCGAACGUUGCACAAUUCCUAAUGAUAUGCCAUGGAAGGCCUUCAAAACCAGUCUUCGUUCCCUAAAACUAUUUGGUCUUUGGCAACUAGUGAGUCUGCCUAGAGCGCUUCGACACUUGAUGAAUCUUCGUUCUCUCGAGAUAGGGUUCGCUGAUUUGAGGGAAUUGCCCGAAUGGAUACGUUGUUUCUCCUACCUUGAAACUCUGGAAUUGGUUUGCUGCGAUCACUUGACGUGUCUGCCUGAAAGCAUCCGCGACCUCGCGGCUCUGCACGAGCUCAAAAUCGUCCUUUGCUCCAAAAAAUUGAUCAAAAGAUGCCGAGGCCCAAACGGCAGCGACUGGCCUAAGAUUCAGCAUAUUCCUUGUGUUAUUCUUGAGGAUUAUGGCUCAGUGGUGUAAUACAUUUGUCAAGGCACAAUUCUUC